AUAAAAAAGAUGCCUCGUAUUGAUAAUGAUAUUAAACUUGAUUUUAAAGAUGUUUUAAUACGACCAAAACGUUCAACAUUAAAAAGUCGUGCUGAUGUUGAUUUAACACGUGAAUUUAUAUUUCGUCAUAGUAAAAAAAUUUAUAAUGGUAUACCAAUUGUUGCAUCAAAUAUGGAUACAGUUGGUACAUUUGAAAUGGCAUUACAAUUAUCAAAAUUAAAAUUAUUUACAACUAUUCAUAAACAUUAUUCAGUUGAACAAUGGAAAGAAUUUGCUGCUGAAAAUAGUGGAAUACUUCAAAAUGUAGCAAUUUCAACUGGUAUGACAGAAAAUGAUUUUAAAAAAUUACGUGAAACUAUUAAUGCUAUACCAGAACUUGAUUAUAUAUGUGUUGAUGUAGCAAAUGGUUAUUCAGAACAUUUUGUUGAAUUUGUUCGACUUGUUCGAAAAGAAUUUCCCGAAAAAACAAUAUUUGCUGGAAAUGUUGUUACAGGUGAAAUGGUUGAAGAGCUUAUUCUAAGUGGUGCAGAUAUUGUUAAAUGUGGAAUAGGACCAGGUUUAGUAAAAAUUUCUUUUUAUUUUAUUAUUGUAUGUACAACUCGUUUGAAAACGGGUGUUGGUUAUCCACAAUUAUCAUGUAUUAUUGAAUGUGCUGAUGCUGCUCAUGGUCUUGGUGGACAUAUUGUUAGCGACGGUGGUUGUACAAGUCCCGGUGAUGUUGCAAAAGCAUUUGGAGCUGGUGCUGAUUUUGUUAUGCUUGGUGGUAUGCUUGCUGGUCAUGAUGAAAGUGGUACUGGUGAAAUAAUUGAACGUAAUGGACGUAAAUUUAAACUUUUUUAUGGAAUGUCAUCAAAAACUGCUAUGGAUAAACAUUCGGGUGGUGUUGCAGAAUAUCGAGCAUCCGAAGGCAAAACAGUUGAAGUACCUUAUCGAGGUUCUGUUUUUGGUACAGCACAGGAUAUAUUAGGUAAAUAUAAAAUGAUGGAAAAAAACGUUUAG